UGGACUCCUGUCUCUGCCCUGGCCUUGCUCCCUGGAAUGCAGAAAAUGCUUUUAAAGUGAGACUCAGUAUCAGAACAGCUCUGGGAGAGAAUGCAUAUGCCUGGGAUACAAGUGAGGAAUAUCUCUUCAGAGCAAUGGUGGCUUUCUCCAUGAGAAAAGUUCCCAACAGAGAAGAAACAGAUAUUUCCCAGGUCCUGCUUUGCAAUGUUACCCAGCGGGUAUCAUUCUGGUUUGUAGUUACAGACCGUGCACAGAGUCACACAAUUCCUGCUGGUGAGGUACAGUCUGCCAUAAGAAUGAAUAGGAACCGGAUCAACAAUGCCUUCCUUUUGAAUGACCAGACUCUGGAAUUUUUAAAAAUUCCUUCCACUCUUGCACCACCCACUGACCCAUCUGUACCCAUCUGGAUUAUUGUAUUUGGUGUGAUAUUUUGCAUUGUUAUUAUUGCAAUCACGCUGUUGAUUCUAUCAGGAAUCCGGCAACGGAGAAGGAAAAGCAAGGGGCCAUCUGAAGUUGAUGACACUGAAGAUAAGUGUGAAAACACGAUCACAGUGGAAAAUGGCAUCCCUUGUGAUCCCCUGGACUCAAAAGGGGGCCAUCUGAAUGAUGCCUUCACCACAGAGGAUGAGCGGCUCACUCCUCUCUGAAGAGCUACAGUUUUAUUUCCCCAAGAACCUCACACUUGUUUCUGUGCAAUCACUGAGCAGCACAAAUCACUAAGGGCAGAUUAUAUAUGUUUCACUAUCUUUCUUUUGUAAGAAAUUUUGAAUGUGCAUGAAAGUGAAAGGAAAUCAGAUUUGUUUUACUCAUGAAGACCAGUGGAAUCAUAGCUGUUAACUAUACAGAACACACUAAAAGAUUUCUCUGAACACACAGUGUUUAAGUGUAGUCAUGUGGUGUUUAUAGCUACUGAUUUCAAUAAAAAUGCCUUUGUAUUUAAUUUCUAGAAAUAAGUUAGGGCCACUACACACACACACACACACACACACACAUCCCACUUUGAAAACCUAAGGAAAAAUACUUUUUUCCAGAAAAGAAUACCUAGGAUAUGGUGUAGAAAUCAUUGAAAGUGGAUCAUUUUGGAAUUUUUUUUAUAUCACUCUGUAUAUAAUUAAGCAAGCAAGAAUAAGAAAUAAUGAUUGUAAAUGCAAUGGAUAGAAAUGGGAGUGUUCAUGCACAAGGUGGAAUUUGAUCCUGUUAUACCAAUAGUUGCUUGCAUAUUUUCUGACUAUUGGUCUCUAAUAGGGCAGUUCUGUUCAUUGACUAUUCCUGCAACCUGUACAAGUACAAUCUGUAUUAAAUGAA